AUGUGCAUACUUAGAUUGGUCAGAUCUAGUCUUAGACUGGUCACAUCUUGUCAUAGACUUAGAUUGGUCAGAUCCAGUCUUAGAUUGGUCACAUCUUGUUUUAGUCUUAGAUUGGUCACAUCUAGUCUUAGAUUGGUCACAUCUAGUCUUAGAUUGGUCACAUCUUGUCUUAGAUUGGUCACAUCUUGUUUUAGACUUAGAUUGGUCACAUUUAGUCUUAGACUUAGGUUGGUCACAUCUAGUCUUAGAUUGGUCACAUCUAGUCUUAGAUUUACAUUGGUCACAUCUACUCUUAGAUUGGUCACAUCUCGUCUUAGACUUAGAUUGCUCACAUCUACUCUUAGAUUGGUCACAACUCGUCGUAGACUUAGAUUGGUCACAUCUACUCUUAGAUUGGUCACAUCUCGUCGUAGACUUAGAUUGGUCACAUCUAGUCUUAGACUUAGAUUGGUCACAUCUAGUCUUAGACUUAGAUUGGUCACAUCUUGUCUUAGACUUAGAUUGGUCACAUCUAGUUUUAGACUUAGAUUGGUCACAUCUCGUCUAGAUUGGUCACAGCUAGUCUUAGACUUAGAUUGGUCACAUCUAUUCUUAGAUUGGUCACAUCUCGUCUUAGACUUAGAUUGGUCACAUCUAGUCUUAGACUGGUCACAUCUAGUGUUAGACUUAGGUUGGUCACAUCUAGUCUUAGAUUGGUCACAUCUUGUCUUAGACUUAGAUUGGUCACAUCUCGUCUUAGACUUAGAUUGCUCACAUCUAGUCUUAGACUUAGAUUGCUCACAUCUAGUCUUAGACUUAGAUUGCUCACAUCUCGUCUUAGACUUAGAUUGGUCACAUCUCGUCUUAGACUUAGAUUGGUCACAUCUAGUCUUAGACUUAGAUUGGUCACAUCUCGUCUUAGAUUGGUCACAUCUCGUCUUAGACUUAGAUUGGUCACAUCUAGUCUUAGACUUAGAUUGGUCACAUCUAGUCACACGUGUUUCCGCAUUCUGGUUUGUGACGUGCCACUCUGAAAUAUGACCCACUAGAAACAAGUGUUAAAAACAGUUUUACUAUCCUUAUACAGAUUCAGAACAGAUGAACAUGGACUCGUGCAAUAUAUUGAUACUAUUUUUACAUGAAUACAAAAAGUAAUGGAAUAAACAAAUUGUGGUGUGAAGAAAAUGAAUAGUAGAGCUCAGGUGAGAAACAAAUAUGCGUAGGUGUGUUGUGAUGGGAGGAAUACAAGUGACGCACGGACCGCCUUAUUUAUGCUGCAGCCAAUUGGGAGGUCUAUUUCGGCGCAUGCGCAGUACAUCCCACUUCCGGUUUCUCGUCCUCCGGAAAGCAUGUUUACAAACUUCCAUACAGCGAAGACUGAUCCAGCUGACAUGACGUCAACCGAAGAAUGAAAAGUUCCCCCGGAAAAAAAGGAUGGCUCGUCCGUCGUCAAAGCUUUGCACGGCCGGAACUUUCGCUGCAGGAGCGCCUUCAAAUUGCUGGAGGUUGACGACAAGUUCAGCCGGGAUGCAGCGUGGUGGACUGCGGUGCCUGGAGCCAGGUGGCGGCUCAUAGGUACAGCCACGCACGCCAAGCUUUUCCACCUGCUCCCCGGGGGCCGGACUCAUCUCCUCCUCAGUGACGUGCCCCCCCCCCCCAAUGCCAGCGGCUUCCGGGCCCUGGACCACCAGAGAGUCGUCAGGCUGUGCUUUUCUUUCCUGGACUUGGCCGAGGAGAUUGUGCGGCCUGGAGGUUCUCUCCUGUGCAAGUACUGGGCAGGGUCCUUGGCCGGGGGACUCCAGGAAAAACUCUGGCUUGUGUUUGGUAGCGUACAGAGUUUAAAGCCAAACGUAAGGCGGAAGGACUCUGAGAGGUAUUUCCUCGCCAGGAACUCCAGUAAAGUUAAGGGAUGGAGGAUUUUGAUACCACUGCCAUUUAGUUUCCACCAGUGUUUGUGUGUAACCUGCUGUUCCCACUUCAUUUCACAUAUAUUAACCUGGACGUUACCAUUAUUUUCUGUUGUAAUAAUGGAAAAAAUUAUAAACGAUAAAACAUUUUA